CUUUUUGCUUUCACGGACCUCUCGGUCCAUUGUCCACACUCCACUGCAACACUGCAAAUUCCAGGGUUUUUUUUUUGCUUUACCUCUAGACCUCCCUCGCAGCCACACCAGAGUGAGAGCUUAGGAGUCUCAGUCUCAGAAGAGGCCAUGAAGGUGUUUGAGAUCAUAAAUGGAAGCACCUUAUCUCUUUCCCUCUUUGUUGAUGUCACUAAUGCCAAGGAACUCCUAGAUUCGAUGCAAGCUGGGAACUUGGAACCUGAAGUAGCUCUGCUCAAUGCAUCUCUGAUUCCAGAUACUUUCCCUGUUUUGGCUGCUGCACAUAAGACCCUUGUAGCCAAGGCAAGGGAGUCACUUACGACACGGACGCUUCAUUCCGAGCUUGUUUACAAUUAUUCAGGAUCUAAGCAUAUCACCGAAUCUUUGAAAAGAUGUGGCAUCUCCGAGACCACGACUUACAUUCUUGCUGCUUGUUUCAGUGCCUCCUCCGAAGAGAUGACUGCCGUAGAGCAAAUUAUCAAUGGUAGAGAGAUUGGUUUGGAGGAGUUAGAAGCAAGAGCAAACCAAGCUCAGAUACAAAAGCAUUACAAAAUAUCUGGCCUGGAGCUGGCAAUAUCCUCCGUUGGUGAUGCUAUUACAUGCCGGAUUGCAGCACGCGAUGCUCUGUGAAAACAUAGUUGUUCCACUCUUCUUUCCCAAUACUUGAUUGAGGUUGGCUCUGGGAUUUGAGUUGCAAGGAUGUAUCAAAGCUUGAAGUUAUCAAGAUAAGAAAAUUCAAUGAUUUAUGGUUAGAGAUGUUUCUGUAGCAUUUUGGUUGGGACUGUUAUGAAAAGUGAGGAAAUCUUGUUGCAAAGCUUGGUUUGCAUAGUUUUAAACCAUUUACUCUCUAAAUGAAAAAAAAAUAAAAUUAUUAUUAUUAUUA